CUCUGAGCCAUGGAGCCCACGGCACCCGACUUACAGCUCGUGCCAGAGGUAACAAAGGAAGUCCCUGUCGCUGCUCCUGAUUCUGGCUGCUGUCGAGUGGCUGUCGCCGCAGCUGUGGUCACCAGCAUGGUCAUCCUCACUCUGGGAGUCCUUUUGGCCUUCCUCUCUGCACAGGGCGUCCACGUGGAGCACACUGCGCAACUGCAGGGCAUCAGUUUCUCCAGCGCACUGCACUGGGAGAACUCAGAUUACUACCGUACACUCACACCCGUGCUGCAGAUGCUGUUUGUAAAUAGUUUCCAGAAGACAGAGUUAGAAGCCAGCUGUGUGGGCUGCACGGUGCUGGGUUACAGGGAUGGGAACACCAGUGUUCUUGUGCAUUUCCGGCUACAUUUUCUGCUUCGAGCCCUCCAUCCACUGAGCCUGGCCCUGGAGGAGGCCAUUUUGCAGGAGGGCAUCCGGACAAGGCUGAGGAAACAUGGUCUCCCCCUGGCUACCUAUGGCACACUUGUAUCAGCUGAGCUCACAGGAAUUCAUAAAGGACCAAUGACAGAGAAAGACUUAAAGUCAGGUCACUGUCCAGGGAAUUCUUUCUUCUGUCAGAACGGCCAGUGUGUGCGCAAAGAGAACCCGGAGUGUGACAACACGGUGGACUGUGCCGACGGCUCUGACGAGGCACUCUGUGACUGUGGUUUGCAGCCGGCCAUCCAGGCCGACAGGAUCGUGGGCGGCAUGGAGGCCGCCCUGGGGGAGUUCCCCUGGCAGGUCAGCCUCCGCGAGAAUGGCGAGCACUUCUGUGGGGCCACCAUCAUUGGGGCCAGGUGGCUGGUGUCUGCCGCCCACUGCUUCAACGAAUUCCAGGACCCCGCGGACUGGACGGCCUACGCGGGCACCGUGCAACUCAGCGGCUCGGAGGCCAGCAUGGUGCGCACGCGCGUGCUCCGCAUCUCCAAACACCCUGCCUACGACGCGGACACUGCGGACUUCGACGUGGCGGUGCUGGAGCUGCUGCGGCCGCUGCGCUUCGGCCGCUACGUGCAGCCCGCCUGCCUCCCGGCCGCCACGCACGUCUUCCCGGCCCGUAGGAAGUGCCUCAUCUCCGGGUGGGGCUACCUGAAGGAGGACUUCCUGGUUAAACCAGAGGUCCUCCAGAAAGCCACCGUGGAGCUGCUGGACCAGAGCCUGUGCUCCAGCCUAUAUGGCCACUCGCUCACUGACAGGAUGGUGUGUGCUGGCUACCUAGAUGGGAAGGUGGACUCCUGCCAGGGUGACUCAGGAGGACCCCUGGUGUGUCAGGAGCUUUCUGGAAGAUUCUUUUUGGCAGGCAUUGUGAGCUGGGGAAUUGGUUGUGCAGAAGCACGGCGGCCAGGGGUAUACACACGAGUCACCAGGCUACGAGACUGGAUCUUGGAGGUGACCAGCAAGGCCAGCAAGCCCAUGGUGCCCACGGUGACUCCCAUCCCUGCCAUCCCCAGCACUUCCUGGAUUACCAGCCCUGAGAGCUGGGCAGCCAGCAGCUCUGCCCAAACCACAACAGAUUCCAGCACCACAGCCCUGGACUCUGUCACCACUUCCAAGCCACAAGAUUGCGGGGCCAGGCCCGCAAUGGAGAAGCCCAAUCGAAUUGUGGGUGGACUUAGUGCUGUCUCUGGGGAGGUACCCUGGCAGGUCAGCCUGAAAGAAGGUUCCAGGCACUUCUGUGGAGCUACUGUGGUGGAUGAUCGCUGGCUGCUGUCUGCUGCUCACUGCUUCAACCACACCAAGGUGGAGCAGGUGUAUGCGCACCUGGGCACAGCGUCCCUGCUGGGUGUCGGUGGCAGUCCUGUGAAGCUGGGGCUCCGAAGGGUGGCCCUGCACCCCCGCUACAACCCAGGCAUUCUGGACUUUGAUGUGGCUUUGCUGGAGUUGGCCCAGCCACUGAAGUUCAACAAGUUCAUCCAGCCUGUCUGCCUCCCCCUGGCCAUCCACAAGUUCCCCGUGGGCCGGAAGUGCAUGAUCUCAGGCUGGGGCAACAUGCAGGAAGGGAAUGGCACCAAGCCAGAUGUGCUACAGAAGGCGUCCGUGGGUAUCCUAGAACAGCAGAUGUGCAGUGCCUUGUACAACUUCUCCCUCACGGACAGCAUGCUCUGCGCCGGCUUCCUCGAGGGCAGAGUGGACUCCUGCCAGAGUGACUCGGGUGGCCCUCUGGCUUGUGAGGAGACACCUGGUGUCUUCUAUCUGGCUGGCAUCGUGAGCUGGGGCAUUGGCUGUGCCCAGGCCAAGAAGCCUGGCGUGUAUGCGCGAAUCACCUGCUUCAAGGAGUGGAUCCUCCAGACCAUGUCCUCUGGGCCUGGCCCCAUGCCUCACCCCUCCAUCUCCUCCAUCCUGCCUCUCUCUAGCCAUCCCUCCCAGAUCACAGCCCACCCCCAAAUCCCAGAGGUCACCAGCAGACCCAGACCCAUCACUCUGGGGGCUACCAGCUGGGUGACCCCCAGACAGCCUAACACAACACUGUCCACUAGAGGCCCUGGCACCAGGGGACAGACGCCAUCUGCUGAUGCCCGAGGUACCACCACGAGUGCCCAGCUGCCAGACUGUGGCCUGGCGUCUCCUGGGGCACUGACCCGGAUCGUGGGUGGCAGUGCGGCUGGGCGAGGUGAGUGGCCGUGGCAGGUGAGCCUGUGGCUGCGACACCGGGAGCAUCGCUGUGGGGCUGUGCUGGUGGCUGAGAGGUGGCUCCUGUCGGCUGCCCACUGCUUCGAUAUCUAUGGAGACCCCAUGCAGUGGGUGGCCUUCCUGGGCACCCCAUUCCUGAGUGGAGUGGAGGGCCAGCUGGAGCGGGUCUCUCGUAUCUAUCUCCAUCCAUUCUACAACCUCUACACGCUGGACUAUGACGUGGCACUGCUGAAGCUGGCGGUGCCUGUGGGAAGUAGCCGCCUGGUGCGCCCCAUCUGCCUGCCUGGCCCUGCCCGGCCCCCGGACGGCGCGCGCUGCGUCAUCACCGGCUGGGGAUCCCUUCGUGAGGGAGGAUCCAUGGCCCAGCAGCUACAGAAGGCAGCCGUGCACGUCCUGAGUGAACACACAUGUCGUCACUUCUACCCGGUGCAGAUCAGCAGCCGCAUGUUGUGCGCAGGCUUCCCGCAGGGCGGUGUGGACAGCUGCUCGGGCGAUGCUGGGGGACCCCUGGCCUGCAGGGAGCCAUCUGGCCGGUGGGUGCUUACCGGGGUCACCAGCUGGGGCUACGGCUGUGGCCGGCCCCACUUCCCGGGUGUCUAUACUCGUGUGGCGGCUGUUCGAGGAUGGAUAAACCAGAACAUCCAAGAGUGACUUGGGGUCAUGUGGGCCCUGGCCUACAGACAGUAGCAUGGCCAGGGAGGGAAGUCCGGCUGGAAGGCUCCAGGCCUGGUGCAACAUGCUGUGGGUGACUGUCCAUGUAUUUUGUUCCAAUAAACAGUC